UUAUAUUCUACAGUUGAGAUCUAGUUGAGGAUAACGAACAGGUGAAAGAAACGUUUUUAGACGGACAUUGAUCAUUUAAAUGUUCCUGCAGUUUGACAUGUUCGGAUAUCAAUGUAUCUUCUUUCAGAAUAUCUUGAUUAAACUGAAUUGAGAAUGGCUGGACGAGAUAACGCUGUAUCGUUUUAUGCAAGGAGCUAUCUAGCUGCUGAGAGAGACUCAUCAGUACGUAAAUGCUGCUGUACAACCCUUCAAUUCAAAGCUUCGUGCAUCAUCUUCUGUAGUACGGGACUUAUCUUCGUGUCUGAGUAUUGGCAUAUUGCUGGCUAUCUGGUUUUCUUAGGUUCCAUCGGAAUCUUCACUGGAGCCUUCCUCAUCUUACUCGACUUCACACUCUUCCUCCAGACCAAAUCAGAUCGACGUGGUCGACGGUUUGGACGAGGGGACGAGGAGGGUAGGAGAGAUAGCUCGAUAUGGACAACAUCGGUACAUGAAAGAGGUCGCACCCUAUCCUUCGCCUCUGCUCCGCCUGACUACCACACAACCAUCAGCCAACCAGAUAGCUUCCCAUUAUACCUACAAGAUGGAGUCCCUGUGACGUCAUUACCUGUUACCGUGGAGAUGGAUGAUGAUGAUGGGGGAUGUGAGAAUGAAGUCGAGAUCGAGGAGGAAGAUGAUAAACUACCAUCGUAUGCAGAGAUCAUGGGAGAAAGCCAGUCCCCGUCGAUGAAUUGAUUAUGACGACACAUUCCGGAUAUUACAUGGGGCAUAAUUAAAGACCUAUUGUUUUUUAAUAAUUCUUACAAACUUUGAAAUGCCUUUGAAUUUCACUUUGUCUUAUUAAUCUGUAAAUUAUUACUAUGCUUUCUAUUAAAAUAUAAAAUAUAUGACAUUU